GAACCCGGAAGCAAUUGCGGCUCUUAGGUGACGAUACAUUAGACGACAAGAGUGGGCCAAUGAUCUAUCUAUACAUCAUUGGAGUGGACAUGGCCCAGCCUCGUAUGUUCUGCUUGGUCCUCCUCACGGUGGCUCUCGGGGCCCAGGCGCUGACCCCAUCACAUCACCUCUCCCUGUCAGACGUGGAGAGACUUAAAGGCCUCCUGAGCCAACCCUUCACAGACCUGGCAUCAGCAUACUACUCCAUCGUUGGUUUGAGCAAGCUCGGAGCCUCAGUUGCUGAUGAAAAUGAUGCCUGUCAGUUUCUGAAGGCCCAAUUGGACCCCAUGAGUGUCGACUCUCUCUUCUUCGCUGCUGAGGCCAGUCAGGCCAUCUCAGACUGUGAGAUGCCAGUAUCCAACGAGACCCGUGACAUCCUUCUGGCAGCAGUCAGCGAGGACUCUACAGUGACACAGAUCUUCAGAGCUGUCAGCGCCCUCAGUUCCCUGGGGCUUCCUCUGGCUUCACAGGAAGUCGUCGCUGCCCUCGUCUCCCGUAUUGCCAAGGAGGACAACGUCUUGGCGAUCACUACUGCACUCCAGACUGCCACCCGUCUCUCCCAGCAGGCUCAGCUCGGAGGAAUCCUGGAGGAGAUUGAGGAUCUGGCAGCACGAUUGGAUGACUUGGGUGGAGUGUACCUCCAGUUUGAGGAGGGACUUGAGGCGACCGCCCUCUUUGUGACAGCAGCCUACACACUGUCAGACCAUGUGGACACGGCGCCUCCUCUGAAAGAGGACCAGGUGAUCCAGCUGGUGAACUCUGUGUUCAGUAAGAAGUCCUGGGAUUCCCGGUCUGAGGCGUUCAGCGUAGCCUGUGCUGCUGCCGCCCUCUCCAGAAACCGCUUCCACGUGCCAGUCAUCGUCAGCACCCAGGGGCCUGCCACAGUCUCCCACAGCCAGCCAAUCCUGCAUCUUCUGGUGACAGACAUCCUGUCCAAUCCUCUUGCCUCAGCCAAUGUGCUGGUGGAAUCUGCUCAAGCUGUAGCCUCUAAGAGUGUUGUACUCAGCCAGGCACCUUUCUCCCUCAGAGAUGGCAUUUUUGAACUUAACUUCAUGGCUAGCCAGCCAGCCAGUGGAUAUUACCAGUUUACUGUGGUUGUCACCGGGGACAGCCGAUUGGUUGCCAAUCAGGUUGAGCUGAAAGUGAAGGUGUCCACUGAUGUAGCCAUCACUAAUAUGGACCUGUCUGUAGUGGAUAAGGACCAGAGCAUCGGCACCAAGACAUCCAGGGUGGACUAUCCCUUCAAGGCCAAGGGCUCCUUUACUGCAGACAGCCAUCAGAACUUUGCCAUGACUUUCCAGUUAGUGGAUGUCAACACGGGAGUAGAGCUCACUCCCCACCAGACCUUUGUGAGGUUUCACAAUCAGAAAACUGGCCAGGAGGUUGUGUUUGUUGCUGAACCUGACAGUAAGAACCUUUACAAGUUUGAGCUGGACACAGCAGAGAGGAAGUCUGAGUUUGACUCCAUGUCUGGGACCUAUGUCCUCCACCUCAUCGUGGGAGAUGCCACCUUGGAGAACCCCAUUCUGUGGAACGUGGCUGAUGUUGUUCUGAAGUUCCUUGAUGAGGAGGCCCCAGCAGCCAUCCAGUCCAAGACCCUUUACAUGCCCAAACCAGAUAUUCAGCACUUGUUCCGGGAGCCUGAGAAGAAGCCACCCACGGUGGUGUCCAACACCUUCACAGCCCUCGUCCUCUCACCGUUUCUCCUGCUGCUUAUUCUGUGGUUCAAACUCGGGGCCAACAUCUCAAACUUCAGCUUCUCCCCCAGCUCUGUGCUCUUCCAUGUGGGCCACGCAUGCAUGCUGGGUCUGAUGUACGUCUACUGGACUCACCUCAACAUGUUCCAGACCCUCAAGUACCUGGCUAUCAUCGGCAGUCUCACCUUCCUGGCUGGAAACCGCAUGUUGGCCCAGAAAGCAGUGAAGAGACUUGCAAGUAAAUGACAAGAUUGAAGAUUUAAAGAUGCUUAGUUUUCAAGGAUUCGUUUGACACAUCGUCAACCAUCAGACUGUCAGAGGUUAUUCCAUGAAUCCAAUGGACAAUUUGAAAUGCAGUUUAACUUUUCUUUUUCAACUUGAAAAUAAUAAAUGUUCUAGUCAAAGGUGUUGGUAGAGGGUCCGGACAGACUCUCACUGACACAAUACUCCUACUGAGGGGUGGAAAGCUAACCAUCCUUGCACUUCAUUUUUCUGUGACUGUUGCAAAUGCCUUUUUUCAUAUUUUUUUUUUCUUCACCACAGGCUUGGGGAUAUCAUUUGUGGUUUCAUAAUGUAAUUGGGAUGGAUUAGUUUUUUUGUACGUUCCAGAUUCUCUGUGCCCAUCUUACCACUGCUAUGUAUCAAAAGGUGCGUCAAGAAGUAAGCCAUUGAUUUUUUUUACAAGGCCUUUUGAUGGAGGUUUAUUGAUGGUGUCUUCACUGACAUGUUCAUCAUAAGUCUGUAAUGUAUGCUUGUCUUCUCAAUGAAUUACAUGUGGAGGGUGUGAGCUAUUUUCCCCUUACAAUAAAGACCUAACCCCCUCUAGAACAACAUUUUGAUGGGUAAUUCUAAAAAAUCACAUGUUUUUGUAAUGAAAUAAAGAAAUGGGGAUUAAUAA